GAAAAAUCUACAAUCCAUAGUUGCCUUAUCUGCUGGCCUAGCUUAUUUGCUUUUUCUAUUUUUCAAAUAUUUCUUUUUUCUUUCAGCAAAGAAAGUCUUGUCAGUCAUCCAAGUAACGGAGCCGUCGCCGGUUCCGGCAAAGCAACGCCACUUUCCUUCUUUUCCUCGCAUCCCGCCCUUCUGAUUUGCGCUUUCUGCUUCACUAUCAUGCCCAAAUCGUGGUGCAACUUCACCUCACGGCCUCCCUGAGCCAACGCUUGCUGCUAAUUUUCCAUCCUAGUUUUGUUUUUCCUAGGAAUCACCAAACAACAGAAGAACAGAAACCCAGUGAUGGUUGUAUAGUUUGGCUGUCGGCUGCUAGCUGUCUCCAUCAUCUAGGGCUUUUGGCUCUCCCUCUACCAAACUAUUUCAAUUCCUGCUCUUUUUAGGGUUUUAGAAUUCUUUUCUUUCGUGGUUUAAUUUUUGUCAUCUGGGAUUGUGGAGGAAUGGAGGAAUACAAUAAUCAACUGAACGAGAAUUCAGCUCCGAGGGGGAAUUUCCUGUACGCGUCACCGGUGCUUGCAGUGAAUUCUUCCGGUUAUGGGAGAACGAGCAGCGGCACAAACGUGGGAAAUCAGCAGACCCAGAUGCCCAUCAACUCCUUUCCUCUUCAAUCCGGCGGCGAGUGCUUUCAAUCAGAAGCUCACCCAAUCGUGAAGACCGAAGCCAGCACUUCCCAACAUGUUCAGAAAUUUCAUUACCCUUUGAUGAGAGUUCAGCAGCAACAACAACAACAACAUCAACAUCAUCAGCAUCAACAUCAACAAGGGAAUGAGAACUCCGGUGAAGUUGAAGAUAUCAAAGCCAAGAUCAUGGCUCAUCCUCAGUAUUCCAACCUCUUGGAAGCUUACAUGGAUUGCCAAAAGGUGGGUGCUCCGCCGGAAGUGGUGGCUCGGCUAGCAGCCGCUCGCCAGGAGUUUGAGGGGCGGCAACGAUCUUCGGUGGCAUCAAGAGAGAGCUCAAAGGACCCAGAACUCGAUCAGUUCAUGGAAGCCUAUUAUGACAUGCUAGUGAAAUAUCGGGAUGAACUAGCAAGGCCUAUGCAAGAAGCAAUGGAUUUCAUGCGUAGAAUCGAAACUCAGCUCAAUAUGCUAAGCAAUGGUCCCGUCCGAAUCUUCUCCUCUGAUCAUGAGAAGUGUGAAGGUGUUGGUUCAUCUGAAGAGGAUCAAGACAACAGCGCCGGGGAAACAGAGCUGCCUGAGAUUGAUCCGCGUGCUGAAGACCGUGAACUCAAGAACCACCUAUUGAGGAAGUAUAGUGGCUACUUAAGCAGCCUCAAGCAAGAGCUUUCCAAGAAAAAGAAGAAAGGCAAGCUGCCCAAAGAUGCCAGACAAAAGCUCCUUAGUUGGUGGGAAUUGCACUACAAAUGGCCUUAUCCUUCGGAGACGGAAAAGGUGGCAUUAGCUGAAUCAACAGGAUUAGACCAGAAACAAAUAAACAAUUGGUUCAUCAACCAAAGAAAACGGCACUGGAAACCAUCUGAAGACAUGCAGUUUAUGGUGAUGGAUGGACUGCAUCCACAGAAUGCGACCAUCUACAUGGAUGGUCACUACAUGGGUGAUGGUCAUUACCGGUUGGGACCGUGAGCUCACUUUGCAUGCAUGGAUGUUGUUAUUUAAGUUGUAAUGGUUUUAUACAUAAUCGGAGAAAUAUUGCGUAGUAAAGCCUCGUCAGAGUUGGGUAAUUAAUCUCCCGCAACCCGAUUUGAUAUAUUUUAGUAUAAAUUAGGUGAAAGCUAAGUAUGUUUGCUCGCGGUGAUCAUUCAAGAUGUAAUUGUGCCAUUUACAUCAAUUUGGGAUGCUUUUAUUUGUUUCCUGUGUGGUAGAGGAUCCAGAGCCCUAGUGUGUUACUUUGCAGUGUGCUUUUUAAGUAUGUAAGGAGGUAAUACUAGGACACAGACAUUUUUAUUAAUUUCGAGCAUCUGUAAUGUAAACUAUUAGCUGGUAAGUGUAUAUAGUGAGAAGAAACUGAAUAUUAAGUUAAUGAGGUUGCAAUAUUAU